AUUAUAAAUCCGCAAACGAAGUAAACCUGUUUGAUACAGCAUCGAAAAGUACGACUGUAAAACACGAUUGACCAGCAUACCUUAUUGUAUUCUUCUUUCAACAAAAAUAGUCGCGCAAAAGAUCGCACACCGAACAUACAUCAUUUGUUCUCUUCACCAUUUGAUAUUUGUUCUCUUCACCGUUGAAUAGCAAACAACCGGUUUGACGUAGUGUCUGUGGAAAAGAACAAUCUUCAGAUUGUAGAUAAAAAGUAGCGAAUAUGCAAGAAGCGAGUGUGAAAUUUCAGUAUUUUGCUGCAUUUGUGGUGAAUUUGUUGACAGUAAGCUAUGGAAUUACCCUCGGUUGGCCAUCACCAAACAUCUUACUUUUAAUAUCGGACGAAUCACCAUUGCCAUCCGGUAAAAUAACAUUAGAAAGUGCAUCAUGGAUUGCAUCGCUACUUGGUGUUGGUGCAUUGUUUGGCAAUCUAUUUUUUGGUUUUAUAAUCAAUAAAUUCGGACGCAAAAUGCCACUGCUUCUACUCUCCAUUCCGACCAUCAUAAGUUGGUUGCUGAUUUGGUUUGCACAAAAUAUUUACUAUUUGCACGCAGCUAGAACACUGAUCGGAGUCGUUGGCGGUGGAGUUUUUGUAAUUGUGCCAUUAUUUCUCUCCGAAAUCGCAAGCGAUCGAGUUCGCGGUUUUCUCGGCUCAACAUUUAUUUUAAGUGCCAAUUUUGGCAUUUUAUUGGCUUUCGUUAUUGGAAACUACUGUGACUUUUAUACGUCUCCAAAAGUUGCAAUUGUUUUAAUGAUUGUUUACAUUGUUUUGUUCUAUUUUUUCCCUGAGUCACCCACAUUUCUUGCGAAACAAGGCAAUUUAUUGGCGGCCGAAGAUUCGAUUCGUUUUUAUCGCGGCAUUCGUGAGAAUUAUGAGGAGUCAGAGUUGCUUCAGUUGGAAAUGGCUAAAUUGAAAAAUUCAGUCGGCGACACCAAAUCUGACCAAAACCAUGGCAACUCAUUCAUUUUGUCAGAUUUGUCAGAGAAUCCAGCGCGUAAAGCAAUUACAAUCGGAAUUGUUCUUGUUAUAUUGAAUCAAUUCAGUGGUUUCUUCGCAAUGACAAAUUACACCGGACUUAUUUUCAAAGAAGCCGAUUCAACUCUGCCGCCUAACAUAUCGGCAAUCAUCGUUGCGACUGUUCAAAUUGUCGGUUCAUACAUGGCAUCUUUAUUCGUCGACCGCGCAGGAAGAAAGUUCUUAUUUGCCGUGUCGGCGGUCGGGAUGGCGGUGGGAUUGGUCGUAUUGGGAGUAUACAUGAUGCUAAAAUCAUGGCAAUAUCAUGUUGAAUCAGUUAAUUGGAUUCCAAUUGUGGCAUUCUCAUUCGUUAUUUUCAUUGCGUCAUGGGGAAUUGCCUCUCUGCCAUUCUUGAUUAUUGCUGAAAUAAUGCCGGAAAAUGUGAAAGAUUUUGGUGUUACAUUUUGUACGGCACUUAUGUGCUGUUUUACAUUCAUCAUAGUUAAAUGCUUGCCACUUUUAAGCGAUGUGCUCGGAUUUCAUGGAACGAUGUUUCUAUUUGCCGCUGUUUGCUUAUGUUCGGAACUUUAUCUUCACUUUAAUAUGCCGGAAACCAAAGGAAAAAGUUAUGAACAAAUUAUGGAUUCACUUCAGUAGAAACGACAGAGAUAGUAAAAAGAUUUUAGUAAAAAUUUAUUUUUAAAUUAUUAUCAAUUCACAUAAUUUGGAAAAUAAAUCAAGUGCAAUGAAAUUUGAUAAGAA